UACCCAGAGCAUAAAUAAGAUUAUAUAUAAGGACAUAAAUUGCUUUCGAACUGGGUUUUAUUUAAAACUUUUACACAAACUAUUGGUAUGACUGUAGUAUAUUCAAAAAAUUCAGACGGUAUAAAAUGUAUAUUCCUUGGAGUCAGACGGUAUAUUUUAUCGUUAUCGAAGUACGUGGUCACACUAGUCUCAGCGCAGCUGAAAUGUACAAGUUGUGUUAAAAAGCAUCAAAAAAUUCAAAACAGAGCAGUUCCUGGCAAUUUGUACGGCACCACAUUCUGUUUGCAUCAGCGUUGGCCCCACUAGCAGAAUGGGCGAGUUCUUUAAAUCGCUCAAUCUCAAUUAUUUCUCCUCAAGUGAGGGCAGCCCAGCUGCCAACGGGUCAGCAGGCGGUGGGGCAGGAGGAGGAGGAGGAGCCAUCGGUGGCAGGCUGGACAACGACUACGUGGGACAGAGCCUGGAAGUUGGUGGUCAUAAGCUCCGCACCAAGUGUGUCAUCGCCGAAGGCGGAUACGCCUUUGUGUACGUUGCCCAAGAUGUGCAAACUGGCACUGAGUACGCCCUCAAGCGUCUGAUCGGCGCUGACCAGCAGGCUUGCAACGCCAUCAUUAAUGAGAUCGGAAUACACAAGCAGCUUUCGGGCCACGGGAACAUUGUUACUUUUGUGGGGUCCAGCUACACCGCCCCGUCGCCACAGCAGGGUGCCCAGUACCUCCUUCUUACGGAACUGUGUAAAGGCGGCUCCCUGAUAGACUGCUUCAGUGCUGAAAACCCAGCCUUUGAUCCGCCUUUGGUAUUGAGAAUAUUCUACCAAAUGGCGCGAGCUGUGGCCUACUUGCACGCUCAAGCUCCACCGAUCGCCCAUAGAGACAUAAAGAUUGAGAACUUCCUUAUUGGAAACGAUAAUCAGAUCAAAUUAUGUGACUUCGGCUCUGCUACCAAGGAGGUGCUCGCGCCGACAUUCGAGUGGAGCGCGCAUCAGCGGAACAUGCUGGAGGACCAACUGAACACUGUAACGACGCCCAUGUACAGGGCUCCGGAAAUGCUAGACACCUGGUCGAACAACCCAAUAGGCCCCAAAACUGACGUCUGGGCUCUGGGCUGCAUCCUUUACUAUCUCUGCUACCGCAGGCAUCCUUUCGAAGAUGGUGGGAAACUCCGCAUCAUUAACGCCAAUUACAUUAUUCCACCUGACGCACGAUAUCAGUGCUUUCGCGAAAUCAUCACGGGUUGUUUUAAAGUGAAUCCCGCCGAUCGUUUGGACAUUGCAAUGGUGCUUGAGCGGCUCGCAUCUAUCGCUGAAACAAAUAAUUGGUCCCUUAAAGGAACUCUGAACUUAAAAGGCAUUCCCAUCGAGUCGUCUCCAGCUGAGAGUCCCGUUCGAAAGGCCGCCGUACAAUCAGAAUUUUAUCCUGAGGCCUUCGCUGCCGCGCCCCAAAUAGCGCCUACCUCUAGUUCAACGCCAUCCUCCAGCAACGGACACGGUAGUUUACUGUCUUCUCUGCGUGGUGGUGCAGGAACGCUGUUUAAGAACAUAAAAGACACUUCCACCAAAGUAAUGCAAACUGUGCAACAAUCGAUCGCCCGCAAUGAUCUUGACAUCAGCUACAUUACCUCACGGAUCCUGGUGAUGCCAUGCCCGUCCGACGGCUUUGAGUCCGCCUACAAGACCAACAACAUUGACGACGUCCGCCUGUCUUUAGAGGGUCGCUUUUCCCCACAGAAGAUAAGCAUUUACAACUUUGGCCAGCGCUCAGUGCCACGAUUGCCACCACCCGUGCGUACAGUUGAAGCGGGCUAUGUGUUUGGUUGCCCGCAGGCUCACGCGCCAAAUCUACAGGGCCUGUUUACCGUGUCAGCGGACAUGUACAACUUCCUCACUGCCGACGCAAAAUCGGUAGUCAUCAUCCAGACUGGAGACUCGGGUGGGUGCACUGCCGCCACUGUUGUAAGUGCACUGCUGAUGUAUGCAGACUUGCUUCAAGAGCCAGAAGACGCUGUUCAGGUUUUCGCCGUCAAGCGCCACACCAUAAAUAUGCGGCCCUCCGAAUUCCGUUACCUGUACUACUUCGGCGAUAUAUUGCGACCCACUCCGCUCCUGCCGCACUACAAGAACACUAAUCUGGUAGCACUAAGCUGUCAACCUGUGCCCAGGAUGACAAAGGCUCGCGAUGGCUGUCGUACCUACCUGGAGGUGUACUGUAAUGAGAAGAUGUUGCUCAGCACAUUGCAAGACUACGAAAACUUGCGCUUACACCAGGCCGGCCAGGGAAAACUAGUGCUACCUAUUAACCUGACUGUGUGCGGGGACGUGACAAUAGUAUUAUACCACGCCCGUAAGGGAAUGGUCCGUCCACAGGGCCUGAAGAUCUGUCAGUUCCAAAUAAACACUGGAUUUAUUCCCGAGCCGGAAACGUUGAUCACCUUCAACAGCAAUGAUCUCGACGACUUGCCGGAUCCGGAGCAGGUGCCGUCCAACUUUUGUGUGUCGCUCUCGUUGGCCGUAACAGAUUUGGAAUCGCCUCCCAGCCACAAGCCACCAUGGGUGCCAGCCAAGUCCAAGAGGUCGCCGAGCAAUCUUUUUAGCUCGGACCUGGAAUUCGCCGAAAUGCUUGAUAACUUCGUAACAAAGCCAAGUACACGAACAUCGCCCCCUCCUCCCAUAAGGAAACCUGAGGGCGCCAGUUCUCUGCUCGUUUUGCCCGAUGUCACAGAGACCUCCCAUGAUCCUCCGAUGGCUACUCCCGAGCCCUCCCCACCCAUUGAUCUGCUCAAUCUCAAUCAGCAGCCCAGCGAUGCACCAGCAGCGAACCCCCUAGGAAGCGCUAUGCCCAGCACUGAUGCCAGCUUUGACUUGUUAGGGGCCUUUGGCGACGAUAACUCCACCGGUAUAGGCUCGGCAUCAAUUCCAGAUGUCCUUCCGGCAGCGCCCUUGCUGCCGCAGCAUCAAGCAAAAAUCAACUCUGACCUGUUUGACCUCUUCGGAUCGGCAGAUCACAGCGCUGCCACCAGCCUUAAGCCCACUCCUGGAGCACCUCUUCCACCAUACGGGGGAUCCUUGCCAAGUUUUGUACCGCAGCCAAUGACCAGAAAUGAAUCUUCACCGAUUCAACCACCCACGGCACCCGCCGAUCCCUUUGCUGACAUUGCGAAUCUGGCCUCCGGACUUAACAUAAACUUCCCCCGCAACACGCUAAGUGGAAAGUCCCAGCCUAGCAGUAGCCCCCAACAGACGCUGCAUCCAAGUCCGACACACAGACCCUCCCAUUCCACAACCCCGCUGCAGCAGCAAGCACAAGGUGCAUUUAUCAAAACCCCUCCACAACCACCGCAGGCGCAACCUGGCCAAGGCCGUCCAGACUACAGUAGGGCUCACUUCGAUUCGCCGAAGCCUGCGCAGCCAGCGGGCUUCAGCGGAAACAAGAGCACCGACAUAUUCGCAGACAUUCUAGGGCAACAAGGCUACUCUUUUGGCAGUAAAAUGAACCAAGGUCCGCGGUCCAUUAACGAAAUGCGCAAGGAGGAGUUAGUCAAAGACAUGGAUCCAAAGAAAGUGCUCAUUAUGGAAUGGACCGACGGCAAAAAGAACAACAUCCGGGCGCUUCUCUGCUCUAUGCACACGGUGCUGUGGGAUAAUGCCAAGUGGCAGCGUUGUGAGAUGUCCACCAUGGUAACCCCAGCUGAGGUGAAGAAAGCUUAUCGUCGUGCCUGCCUCGCCGUUCACCCAGACAAGCAUAAUGGAACCGAAAACGAGGAGAUCGCCAAACUUAUUUUCAUGGAACUAAACAAUGCCUGGACAGAUUUCGAAAACGAUGCCACGCAGCAAAACAUGUUCAAUGCGUAAAACGCGUCCCACUUCUAUAUUAUAAAUUAUGGCAAUUAGUUGUAAUUACCAACUACUCGUAGUUAAAACUACUGUUAUUCGAAAACCCAAGCCUUUGAAGUUAGAGUAAUGGAUUAUGCCACUAAAGGAGUACACAGUUCGACCCUUUGAAAUUCCGAGAAUCCUAAGGACAACAUACUUAAUUUUGUACCUUCAAAGCCUAUUUUAUUUUUAGCACAAAAUUGAAAGAGAAGAUAGAUCGCAAUCCCCUCAGACAUUCACAAAUGUGUCACUGAUCUGGGCUGAUCGUGCAGUGUGACGACGCAUCGCAUAGGUUUACUAUCUCACCUUCACUUAUAGCCAAUAUGUGAUUAGCUACAUGUUAACUGAAACUAUAGUUAAAAGUAAAAUACAAGUUUAUGUACGCAACUGUUCCGACUAUACAGUGUAAAACAUGUACUGUACAUAAUAGUAUAUAAAUAUCGGUUAUUUAUAAAAACGAAACUCCGUUAAAGUAUUACCGAUGGUCUUUAUGUAUAGAAAUAAAUUCUUUAUAUAUGCCGCUGUUA